GAGCACAAGUGACACAAUGAGUUUUGGCGUCUCUGUGACGUCGCCGUAUUGUUAAAAACCCAGAACGCGGAGCAGCAGCCCACAGACUACCAGCUAUUAAGUGUCAAACUUCUCCACCACGCAACUAACCGCGAUCAAUUUCAUCAACUUCGAAAGUGUCAACACACCAGCGAUUCAGCAAAUUCCCAAAAGGAUAAACAGGAAAAGACCUACAGAAAUGCAAAAAAGGGCCGGUGUUGAACACCAGCUUUUGGAACUUAAAGAAACAGACACCAGACAAAAUCUGGAAAUUCGAGGCCUGGAGAGCAAAGUCAGUAGCCCCAAGAAACGCAUGAGCUUAAUUAAGGAAGAACUCUUCAAACUGGAGAGCGAGAUGAACAAAGACGCUAACACCAGACUGGAUUUCCGAGACCUGAAUUUCAGAAGCCUCGAGAAAAGCAUCGGUUCAAUUAAGGAAAAACUCUCCAAACUGGAGAACGAGUUGAACAAGGAGAAAAAGAGUUCCUCCACUCAGACUGGGAAUGAGCAGAAAGCUGACGAAGAUGUCAAAUCUCCCCUCCCAGGAAAUCAAACCCAGGCAAACCUGAGAGCAAAGAGAGCAGCAUCAGGCAUGCCACCACCCAGUGCUGCUAAAAAGCCUCGACUUGAUGCUGCACCUCACAAACACACAACACAAUCCCUCAUCACUAGUGCAUUAGAAACACUGCAGGAUUCCUGUUAUGAUGUUUUAUCUCAAAUAUCGAUUGAUGCACUACUUGAAGGAAACUGUGAACUUCCUUCUCUGACAGAUGAAGAAAAAUCUGUCAUUUCCAAGUUUUGUGUAAAUGAGUUGUUAACUGAGACAUUUCUGAAAGUGGUUUUGGACAAGAUCACGGCGGAGAAAGAGUCUAUGGGACAUGAAAUCCUGCAGUCUCUCUGUAGGGUUUAUGUGGGCUUGUGUGAAAAGAGAGGAGACUUUCAUAAAGCACAUGUCCUCGCCUACAGAUUUCUUAAAGAAGACUUUACUGAAGCCCCAAAACUGAUCAUGGUCAUGGUGACAGCAUGGCCAAGUGUUUUUUCCAAUAACAGCCCUUUAUGCAGAGCCGUUCACAUAGUCAGCAAACUGAAGGCAUACAAAAAGGUUUAUCAUUUGCUCAGCAAGUAUCUGCACUGGGACACGGAGCCUCCAGGAAACAUCUACAGAACCAUCACCAGCACACUGAAAGCUCUACUGGAAGACACAAGUCUGACAUUCCAGAAGAGCAGUUGGUAUGGUGAUGAUCUCUGUCCUGCUGCCUGGGAAUACGUGUUUAGCCUGGAUCUUCUCUGUGCACAACUGGGCUGGGUUUGGACCAUCACCCAUGUUAUACGAAAGGGUGUUUGGCUGAACUUGAAAACUUGGCUGUUGCAAACACGAACAGAGGAAACACAGUUCAAAAACGUCUCUGUAGCAGCAAUUUUCAGGCUAAUUGGGCAACUUGGACAAAAAGGCCUUAAGGAGAACCUGGCAGCAUCUGUCGAAAAUCUGGCAAAACGCAUAACCAAGUUCAGGAAACAAAAACUCUCAAAAGAUUUGCCGUGGGAGGUGCAGCUCGCAAUGGUUUAUGCCACUCAUGAUCUGGCACCCAGCAACCCCAAAGUUGCUCUGAAGGCUUUGGAAUCAUGGAAGCAAAAUCUCACAAAGCCCGUUCCUCCAGCCGUCACCAAGUGCCUUGAGCAGAUCAGCCAACUCUAUUCUCAAACAAAAUAA